AUGGCCACAAUGGCAUUGGGCUCAUCCCAGCCUGCAUUCGUUGGUGGAGUCCUUCCUGAAGUCGCUCAUCGCAGCAUCCAGACUGCCAAGAAGCCGACAGCAACCAUUGCGGGCGGUGUGAGCGGCACUCGGCAAUACAUCAGCACCCGUUCAGCCUUGUCAUUGGGUGCUGUGGCAGCCACUGCGCUUGCAAGACGAUCAAAGAAGGUGAAAAGAGCAGCUUGCAGUCCUCAAGGUGGGACAACUGUGCUCAGCAAAGCUGAAAAGUUGCAGGUCCCUCGGUUUCUUUUGGACAACGUUGACAUCUUCAUCUUUGAUUGUGACGGUGUGAUCUGGCGAGGUGAUUCCAUUAUUCCUGGAAUUCCACAGGUCAUUGAAAAGCUGAAAGCAGAUGGCAAGAAGCUGUUCUUUGUGACAAACAAUUCCACCAAGAGUCGCGCUGGAUAUCAGUCAAAGUUUACAUCGUUGGGUUUGAAUGUCCAGCCAGAGGAAAUCUUCUCAUCAUCCUUUGCAGCAGCAGCGUACUUGGAGCAAACCAAGUUCAAAGACACUGGCAAGAAGGUCUACAUCAUUGGAGAGAAAGGUAUCUCUGAGGAGCUCGAUUUGGUCGGUGUCCCCUGGUUGGGAGGAGAAGGAGACAAAGACCAGUCCCCGAACAUGGGUUCGGGAGGCAGGGUGGAGAUUGACCACAACGUUGGCGCAGUGAUCGUUGGCUUUGACCGUCACAUCAACUACUACAAGUUGCAGUAUGCCCAGUUGUGCUUGAAUGAGUUGCCAGGGUGCGAGUUCAUUGCCACCAAUCUGGACCGAGUGACACACUUGACAGAUGCCCAGGAAUGGGCUGGUAAUGGCACAAUGGUUGGAGCAGUAUCAGGUUGCACUGGAAGGGAGCCAACAUUGGUUGGAAAGCCAGCUCCUUUGAUGAUUGACUACAUUGCCCAGAAGUAUGGCAUCACUGACCGAUCCCGCAUUUGCAUGGUCGGUGAUAGGUUGGACACUGACAUCGCUUUCGGACGCAACAAUGGCCUGAAAACUUGCUUGACACUUUCGGGGGUCACAAGUGAGGAUGAGCUACUGGACAAGGUGCCCAGAAAGAAAGGCACUGAAGGCAUCCAGCCAGAAUUCUAUGUGGACACGAUCUGUGACUUUUAUGGCAUCCGGGCAUGUGAUUUUAUUAUUCCAGGGGUUCCGGAUGUUCUGGACAAACUGCGGGCAGAUGGCAAGAAGCUGUUCUUUGUGACAAACAAUUCCACCAAGAGUCGCGCUGGAUAUCAGUCAAAGUUUACAUCGUUGGGUUUGAAUGUCCAGCCAGAGGAAAUCUUCUCAUCAUCCUUUGCAGCAGCAGCGUACUUGGAGCAAACCAAGUUCAAAGACACUGGCAAGAAGGUCUACAUCAUUGGAGAGAAAGGUAUCUCUGAGGAGCUCGAUUUGGUCGGUGUCCCCUGGUUGGGAGGAGAAGAAGAUGCGGGCAAGCAACCGGACAUGGGUUCUGGUGGGAAGGUGGACUUUGAUCAUGAUGUUGGGGCAGUGGUGGUUGGCUUUGACCGUCACAUCAGCUACUACAAGUUGCAGUAUGCCCAGUUGUGCUUGAAUGAGUUGCCAGGGUGCGAGUUCAUUGCCACCAAUCUGGACCGCGUUACCCAUCUGACGCACGCUCAAGAAUGGGCUGGAGGUGGGACAAUGGUGGCAGCAGUAUCAGGUUGCACUGGAAGGGAGCCAACAUUGGUUGGAAAGCCAGCUCCUUUGAUGAUUGACUACAUUGCCCAGAAGUAUGGCAUCACUGACCGAUCCCGCAUUUGCAUGGUCGGUGAUAGGUUGGACACUGACAUCGCUUUCGGACGCAACAAUGGCCUGAAAACUUGCUUGACACUUUCGGGGGUCACAAGUGAGGAUGAGCUACUGGACAAGGUGCCCAGAAAGAAAGGCACUGAAGGCAUCCAGCCAGAAUUCUAUGUGGCCCACUUGAUGUUUCGAGCCAGCGACAUUUUUGGCCGGCGACCUGGCUCUGUGCCUGACAAGCCAAAGGUAGACCCAAAGUCCCAAGAUGAUGCGCCGAAAGCUCGAACGUGGGAUGCUGCCACCGGUCAGUUUGUGGAAGAAGAUUUGCCUCCAGAGGUCCAAGAGAUGAUGCGUGGAACCAAGAAAGCAAGGGUACCUCCAGCGCCUCCACAGCCUAUGCCAGCGCCUGCCCGGCAGAGCGGACCUCCAGCAGCGUUUGUGCGGCCGGUGACACAGGUGGCUUCGCACGCGCAGCACGCGCCAGUGGUGCAGCCAGUGAUGCAGUCGGUUCGGCUGCCGCCACCACCACCUCCGGCGCCUCCACCAGUGCCUGUGUCUCCCAUGCCGCCUGUUGACGGGGGAAGUUCAGCUAGCCCAAAGAGGCUACGAGUAGUCUUCAGCGGCUUCCAGAUGCAGGAGCUCAACGGCCAGUAUUUGGAGCAGCCUAAUCAGCCAAUUCAGGGCAAGGCCAGCUUUUGGAACCUGAGUGGGAGCUACUUCAUCUACUGGCAAAGCUCAAUGGACAGGUGGGCCAUUUGCGACAGAGGGAGCUGUCAGAAUGCAAAAGACGGUUCGGUUCCAGGCUGGGCCUUCAGGAAGGACUCCCAGCACUUCGCCAAAACAAGCGACGGCUGGAUGGAGGUCAGUGGUGGGAAAUGGCAACCAGCUCAAGUGAUGUGCGCGGUGAUUGAAGGCUCUGCCGAUGACCCGCCGGUCAAGGCUGAAAUCUCAAGGCCAGGUUCGCCACAGCUGACUGCCGAUCAGUACAAAGCACUGGUUCGACAAGUGUACGCUGAAAAAAAUCCCGCCAAGUUGCCAGAUCUGCCUGGUCUAUGCAGCAAAUACGAGGGUCGAGAGCGAGAACUCUUUGAGCAAGUGUGUGACAAGUACCAGGCAAGCUUCGAGUCCCUUGUCAGAGGAGCUCUGAGCAGCAAUGGUGGCAGCCAGGUCACUCAGAAUGGCGAAGUCAAUUCAACUGAAGAGACAGGUCUUCCGGAGUUGGAUGCAAGGCAGUAUGCCAUUCUCGUUCAAGCAGUCUACCAGAAGCGAAAUCCUUCAAAGCUUGCCGACAUGGCAAAGUUGCUCCAAAGAUACAGGGGCAAGGAGAAGGAUUUCUACCUGCAAGUUUGCGAGAAAUAUGAAGUUAACCCGCUCAAAUUCUACAAGGAGGAGGGCGAAGCUUUGCUGACGGUGGAGAUUUGUGGCCAGCUCGGAAAAUGCACAAAGGCAGAGACUGCAGCCAAGCAGCUCCUGUCUCAAAGGGCUGAAGGGGAGUCUGGCAAGGCCGGCGAGGCCGAGGACCAGUCCAGGGAUGUGCUUUCCAAGAGCAAGGCUUCCCAAGUACAUCUCGGCGAGUGCAAAAUUUGUGGGCAAACAAUGGAGGCAAUGAGACUUGUCAAGACUUUGCCCUGCAACCAUCAUUUUCACUUCAACUGCAUUGAUGGUUUCCACAGGCAAAAACUGCUGGAAAAGAACCUUGAUCUUCCUUGCUUUACCUGUGGAGCAGCAAGCAACAAGUCCAUAGCAGCUGUGGUAGAAGAAAGACGAAGAAAAAAAGAGGAAGAGGAGGCAGUGCAGCUUGCAGCAAGGCAGGCUGAGCCGGGACCUCGGCAGUCGAGACCAAAAGGGUCCUUGGCGGCCUUGGCGGCUGCCGCGCGUGAUGCAGGAUAA